CUGAGAGAUGAUUUACCACUGCUGUCACUUUUAUCUGUGACACAAAGUACGCAUGUCCUUGGCUUUCCUCCAGUACUGAUUUGACUUUCACCCUCUGCACCUUGGAAAGUUUCUGUUUUCCCAGCCCUCAGCUGUCACAGCCAUGCUUUCUCUGUCGUUUCGGCAAACCUUAAGGCCCCUCUUCCUCAGGGUUUCAGGAUGUUUGGGCCGAGAGGGGCCGGUCACAGCAGAGUCAUGCAGGCGAGGCCUUGUGAGUGCCAGUGGCUGGACGGGACAGGAGAGCCUGGCCCAGGAUGACCCAGAGAUGUGGAGCCUCCUGCGGCAGGAGAAGAACCGGCAGUGUCGGGGUCUGGAGCUCAUCGCAUCAGAGAACUUCUGCAGCCGUGCAGCACUAGAGGCCCAGGGCUCCUGUCUCAACAACAAAUACUCUGAAGGAUAUCCAGGACAAAGGUACUAUGGUGGAGCAGAGAUCGUAGACCAGAUUGAGCUGCUGUGUCAGAAACGAGCACUCACUGCCUUCGGUUUGGACCCAAAUCUGUGGGGCAUAAACGUCCAGCCGUACUCCGGAUCCCCCGCUAAUUUUGCAGCCUACACAUCUGUACUGCAGCCCCACGACCGCAUCAUGGGCCUGGAUCUGCCUGACGGAGGACACCUGACCCACGGCUAUAUGACCGACACCAAGAGAAUCUCUGCCACCUCCAUUUACUUUGAAUCAAUGCCUUACAAGCUGGAUCCAAAAACAGGUCUGAUAGAUUAUGACCAGCUGGAGAGGACGGCCCGACUCUUCAGACCCAGACUGAUCAUAGCAGGAACCAGCGCCUACGCUCGCCUUAUCGACUACGCUCGUAUGAAAAAGCUGUGUGUGGAGCUCAACGCCUAUCUGCUGGCAGACAUGGCUCAUAUCAGCGGCCUGGUGGCAGCAGGAGCAGUUCCCUCUCCCUUCCAGCAUGCUGACCUGGUAACCUCCACUACUCAUAAGUCCCUGCGUGGAGCAAGGGCCGGUCUGAUCUUCUACAGGAAAGGUGUGCGGUCUGUGGAUAAGAAAGGUAGGGAGGUGACCUAUGACCUCCAGGACAGGGUUAACUUUGCUGUGUUCCCAUCACUUCAAGGAGGACCUCACAACCACGCCAUAGCAGGGGUGGCCGUCGCCCUCAAACAGGCUUCCACUCCCAUGUUCAAACAGUACAUCGCUCAAGUGCUGCUCAAUGCCAAGAGCAUGGCUAAUGCUCUGCUGAAGAAAGGCUAUACCUUGGUGUCAGGUGGAACAGACAAUCACCUGGUCUUGGUUGACCUUCGACCUCGAGGGAUGGACGGGGCUCGAGCUGAGAGGAUCCUGGAGCUGGUGUACAUCACUGCCAACAAGAACACCUGCCCCGGAGACAAGAGUGCUCUCACUCCUGGAGGACUCCGGCUCGGAACUCCAGCUCUCACCUCCAGACAGCUCAAGGAGGCAGACUUUGAAAAGGUUGUGGAUUUUAUCGAUGAGGGGAUUCAGAUCGCACUGGAUGUGAAGAAGAAGACUGGAAAUCUGGCCAGCUUUAGGUCCUUCCUGCUGGAGGACCAGGAGACAGUGUCACGCAUCGCGGAGCUCCGCCAGCGGGUGGAGCUGUUCUCCAGGCCCUUCCCCAUGCCCGGCUUCACUGACCACUGAACACAACACCACACUAGCGAGGGUCAUGGACAAUUUUUCAUUCCUCCUUUAAUGUGACCAAUCUUUGAAUAAUACUGGAUAUUAUAAUGAUGUGCAAAAUGAUUGUGGCUGUAUUGGAGUUUAUGAUUAAAACUACAAAAUAUGUAAAUGUACAGAGUCUCCACUUCUCUAACUGUUAUUUUGUUGUUUUAAUGUAAUGUAUUAGUUUUUAACUUGCACACUUGUGUAUAGUUUAAAAAGAGGCUAAUAAAGUUGAUUUUAAAAGUU